AUGUCAGUCAUGAAGUCCUAUUUAAUGACCAUUUCCAUCCUUCUGAUGCUGGUUCAUAAGACUCCAGGUGGCCUGUUCAAAUCCAACUAUGGCAAGAGCCAAGAGCCUUGGAAUCCAUGCCAGCUUUACCAAGGCAUGUGCAGAAACACCUGCAGAAAACAGGAAAUUCAAUACUUUACCUGCCUAAAUGAACAAAAGUGCUGCCUGAAAUUUCCUGCAAAAACAGCCAGUUCUAACCAUGCGAAGGAGGAUUACAACUCUGCCUCCAACUAG